AGACAAUCAAGAAAAUCAAGAAAAUCGGAGAGACCGGGGGAGUUGCCAAAUCUCACUCGCUCCCACCGACCGGCCUCCCCUCCAUAUCAUCACCCCCUGCGCAGGCAUCGAAUCCUCGCAGUCGCACCACGAACCCGCCGGAGAAGACGACGAGGCAGUGGCGACGGCGGCGGCUCUCCGGUGACGCGUUGACCGCCGACUGAAGGAGGACUCCGGAUCGUCCGUCGAGAUGCACGCCAGGAACCACUGGGGCGGGUCCUUCGAGAUCAACGGCGGCGACUCCUCCGCCGCCGAGGACGACCAGCGGAGCCGGGAGUGGGACCGGGCGGCGCUGCAGCCGCCGCAACAACACCACGAGCUCGACGAGACGCAGCAGAGCUGGCUCCUCGGCAACCACAACCAGCGGCCCCAGAAGAACAAGUACGUCGACCUGGGCUGCGUCGUCUGCAGCCGCAAGGCGCUCAAGUGGACCGGCUGGGCCUUCGUCGCCGCCUUCUUCCUCAUCGCCCUCCCCGUCAUCAUCGUCAAGACCGUGCCCCGGCACAAGCCCCGCCCGCCCCCGCCCGACAACUACACCGUCGCCCUCCACAAGGCCCUCCUCUUCUUCAAUGCCCAAAAGUCCGGGAAAUUGCCGAAGAACAACCCCAUCCCUUGGAGGGGCAACUCGGGGCUGCAGGACGGGAACGCCACGACCGACGUGAAGGGAGGGCUGGUCGGAGGGUACUACGACGCCGGCGACAACACCAAGUUCCAUUUCCCGAUGGCCUUCGCCAUGUCGAUGCUGAGCUGGAGCGUGAUCGAGUACAGCCACAAGUACGAGGCCGUCGGCGAGUACAACCACGCCCGCGACCUCAUCAAGUGGGGCACCGACUACCUCCUCCUCACCUUCAACUCCUCCGCCACCAAGAUCGACAAGAUCUACAGUCAGGUGGGCGGAUCUCAGAACGGUUCGAAGACCCCGGACGACCACUACUGCUGGACUAGGCCGGAAGACAUGGACUAUCCGCGGCCGGUGCAGACCGCUAACUCUGGGCCGGACCUCGCUGGGGAAAUGGCCGCAGCCCUAGCCUCCGCCUCGAUCGUGUUCCGGGACGACGCCGCCUACUCCAAGAAGCUGGUCAAGGGCGCCGCAACAGUCUUCGCCUUCGCCCGGGACUCCGGGAGGCGCACUCCUUAUUCCCGCGGCAACCCUUACAUCGACCCCUACUACAACUCGACCGGCUACUUCGACGAGUACAUGUGGGGCGCGGCGUGGCUGUACUACGCGACCGGGAACAAGUCCUACAUCUCCCUGGCGACGAACCCGGGCAUCCCCAAGAACUCCAAGGCGUUCUACAUGGUCCCGGACCUGAGCGUGCUCAGCUGGGACAACAAGCUGCCGGCGGCGAUGCUGCUGCUGACGCGGCUGCGCGUGUUCCUGAACCCGGGCUACCCGUACGAGGACAUGCUGAGCAUGUACCAGAACGUCACCGGCCUCACCAUGUGCUCGUACCUUCACCAGUUCAAUGUGUUCAAUUGGACUAAAGGAGGAAUGAUAGAGCUGAACCACGGCAAUCCGCAGCCGCUGCAGUACAUGGCCAACGCCGCGUUCCUGGCGUCCCUCUACGUCGACUACAUGAACGCCACCGGCGUCCCGGGAUGGAACUGCGGCCCGAACUUCAUUACGUCCGACACUCUCCGGAGUUUCGCUACCUCUCAGAUCGACUACAUCCUAGGCAAGAACCCGAUGAAGAUGAGCUAUGUGGUCGGGUUCGGCGCCAAGUACCCGAAGCACGUGCACCACCGCGGCGCGUCGAUCCCGAACGACCACAAGAAGUAUUCGUGCACCGGGGGGUGGAAGUGGCGCGACACCCGCAACAACAACCCCAACACGAUCAAUGGGGCGAUGGUCGCGGGGCCGGACCGGUUCGACCAGUUCAAGGACGUGCGCGCGAACUACAGCUACAACGAGCCCACCUUGGCCGGGAACGCGGGGCUUGUGGCGGCCCUCGUGUCGCUGACAGAGAGCGGCGGCCGCACCAUCGACAAGAACAGCAUCUUCUCUGCCGUCCCGCCGCUGUACCCCGUCACUCCCCCGCCGCCGCCACCAUGGAAGCCCUGAAGGCAGCGCCGUGGCGAGAACAACCUCUAAUUGCUGGAGUGGAUGUGUCCGAUACAACUUGUCAUAGCCCUUGUUUAUAAGUCGUAACAUUUUAAUAUUUCAACGGGCGAAAUCAGUGGAGCUUCGGAGUUAUAUAUGAAAUAUUUAAUUAUUUUUCUUGCGAGUUCGAUUGAGAAAUAUGACUUUCUCCACAUGUUUGCUGAUUUUCUUUUAUAGAAAAAAAGAAAAGAUGAACUGAU